UCCGAUAUGCAGGGAGCGAGUGGGGCUGCCGGGCACUCGGGGCUGGAGCAGGAGGAGGAGGGAGCAGCUGAUUCCUGUUGCACUUGGGGAGGAGGACAGUUGCUCUCCAGGGCUCUUGUUUGCAGGCAUUUGACUUUGUGGCGGGCCUCUGAAGCAAAGGAGCAUGUAAGAGAACCUCAGUCUGGCAUUUCGUAGUGUUUUAUGCCACCUAAAAAUGCGGCAGAAGAAAACGUCCGCUCUCCCGGUGUUGUCGUUUGAAUUCUUCCGUACUCUGUCCGUGGCGGCGAGCUGGCUUUUGAAAAAGAGAUGACUUCUGCAGGCUGCGUGCACAGCUGACUUGCGGGAAGACGGCAUGGCUUACGAUGGAUGCUUAUCUUGAAGGGGGAAUUCUGUACUCCAAAGCUGAAACGAGGACACCUUGGACGCCCAGCCUGACUUGGAGCGAGCGUCGAAGGGACUGUGGCAGGAUGUUUGUCAGCGUCAGGAAAGCCAGAAAGCUUGUGCAGGUAGUUGCCACUUGUUGCAUAGUAGGUCUCAUGAUUUUCUGGACACCCCUUGACAAUAACAUCAUGAACCAUAUGAAGUCCUAUUCUUACAGAUACCUCAUAAAUAGCUAUGACUUUGUGAACGAGAGCCUGUCUAUUAGCAAGCACAGUUUGAACAGAGUAGCAAGCUACCCAUACUUGAUCAAUCACAAGGAGAAAUGCCAACAGCAAGAUGUCCUCCUCCUAUUGUUUGUAAAGACUUCUCCUGAAAACUGGUAUCGGCGCAAUGCGAUUAGACAAACGUGGGGUAAUGAGAACUACGUGCGUUCUCAACUGAAUGCCAACAUUAAAGUGGUUUUUGCUUUGGGGCGACUAACAGAUCGUACGCAGCAAGCACAGGUGCAAAGAAAACUUGUCUUAGAAGACCAGACAUAUAAUGACUUGAUUCAGCAAGACUUCCUGGAUACUUUUCACAAUCUUACCCUUAAGUUACUUCUGCAGUUUAGCUGGGUGAAUGCGUACUGUCCUCAUGCAAAGUUCAUUAUGUCUGCUGAUGAUGACAUCUUUAUCCACAUGCCAAACCUUGUGGCUUAUCUUCAAAGUCUUGCCCAAAUGGGAGUUCAAGAUCUCUGGAUUGGCCGUGUCCAUCGUGGCUCCCCUCCCGUGCGAGAUAAGUCAAGCAAAUACUAUGUCCCAUAUGAAAUGUACCAGUGGCCUUCUUAUCCUGACUACACAGCCGGGGCUGCUUAUGUAAUAUCAAGCGAUGUAGCAGCUAAAGUAUAUGAGGCUUCACAGACUCUUAAUACAAGUCUCUAUAUAGAUGAUGUUUUCAUGGGUCUCUGUGCCAAUAAAAUGGGAAUUGUACCACAAUAUCAUGUAUUUUUUUCCGGGGAAGGGAAGGCCCCAUAUCAUCCUUGUAUUUACAACCAAAUGAUGACCUCUCACGGACAUGUAGAAGACCUUCAUCGCCUGUGGAAGCAGGCGACGGACCCCAAAGUCAAAAACGUUACCUCUGGGUUUCUUAGUAGAAUGUACUGCAAACUUGUUAACAUCUGGCUGCUUUGCAGGAUACACUAUCAGGAAACGUAUCCUUGCUCUGCUGCAUUUUCCUAAUACUUGAAUAUCUGCAUACAUGUUUACUGAGCCAAAAUGGAACUGCAACUCAUAACUGUUAUCUAAAAUAUGUAAACAUGAAAAAGAGGUAACGUUUAAAAUGUGAAUAGCUUUUUGGGGCAGUGGGAGGAGAGGAAUCCUAAUCUGUUGUUCAGGAACUUUACCAGAAUAGCUCUUUAUUACUGUAUUAAACUUUCUACGUGUCCACAUUGGUUUUCCAUCCUUUCCCUCUAGGAAUUUGUCUUGCAUAGAAGUCAGUUCAUGCAUUCAUUUAAUAAUCUUUUUAGAUGUGACAAUGUCCUAUGAAAAGUAAGUGAACUUGGUGAGUCCAGCAUCGAGAAGCCUUGUUAACUGCAUUCAUUCUUACGUUUCGAAUGCCAGAGUGUAAACGGGCACAACACUACAAGAAAAUGAAAUGGCAUGUCGUUGGUGCACCUGUUGAACAAUUUUUGACUAUGAUGUAACACUCUCCAAAAGAGGAAGUUAAACUCUUAGCUUUAUGAAAGCAGGAUGUAGUGGCACCUUUUAAAAGUUUUGAGUAAAAGUUGCAUGUGUUUACUUUAAAAAAAAAAAAAAAGAAAUGCUAAACAGCAAAGUAAAACACUUCUAAAAUCUACAUGAUCUUCAAAGUGGUGGUGGAGGUUAAAACUUGUUAACAUACUGUUUCUUAAACCCUGUGAGGAGAUGGGGUGGUGGUGGAGAGGGGGAAAUGGCAUUCAGAUUGUCCGAAAUAGCUCCUUCAAGUGUUGUGAGGUCUUUUUUUUUUUAGAUUGGGAGUGAAUUUAUGGGAGGAUGAAUUAAUGGCUUCUCAAUGUUAACUUAGGAAAUACCGGUUUCAACAACAAUUUUUUUUUUUUAGGUGCUGUUUGUUUGUUUGUUUGUUUAUUUAUUUAUUUAUUUUUCUCAGUGGUAUGCAUACACUCUCUAAUCUAACUCUCUGAAAGUAUACUUUAAGAUGGGGGUCUGGCCUUCCAGUGGCAAAAAUGCUUGCCUCCUCUCCAGGUAGAUAGCCUGUUUGGGGUGGUCCUUUUUUCUUGGGUGGUUUUUGUUUUUUAACA